AUUCUUCUUUCUUGGCGCAGCAUUUUGCUCAAGAAUCCGUCAUGGUGUGCGCGCACAGCCGGAUACCCGAUUAUACGCAUCGUCUUAGUAACAAGAAAGGGCGAACGGCAAAGUGGGCAACUACUGUGAUUUCGUGAGCGUCACUGUGCGCGCCGUCGUGCCCCAGCAUCCUGCCGCCCCUGGCAUGGUUUGGUCGCUGACAACUGUUUACAAGAACAGUAAUACCUAAAGUUAUUGGUGAAACUUGAAAAUUGUGCGAAGGCGGAAAGGGAAAGGGCUUAAACGUCAGAAGGAAGAAAAGUCGGCAAGAAAGUCCGGAGGAACGAAGGAGUUGUUCGAUUUGGGAGGACAGAAUUUCAGACAGAAGGAAUCCGUAGCAAGAGAUCACAGCGCCUAGUAGGGAUACGAUGUUCGUUAAGUGUACUCAGAUGUUUCCGUGCGGUAACGAGAAAUAGAGUUGAUCAACUUUAUUCUUUUUUUGCUCGCUUUAUAGGGCACAAAAGUCAUGUGAACGCCGAUCGAAUUCGUAUGUCUGACUAAUACGGACCAUAGUUAUCACGUGUUAUUAAUGAAUCCGCCUACAGCUGCAAGGAUCAACUUCGUGCCUUAAUGUAUCUGUGUUAUGUUUUGCGUGCGUUUGAGCGUGCGGUCGAUUUAUAGUGAGAAACAAAGAACAGCUAUUCAGACAAGUUGUUUCAAGCCUUGAGGACCCACCAACUUUAACAGUCCAAUCAACUCGAGGCAAAAUAUAUGUAUAUAUAUAUAUAUAUAUAUGUUAAAAAGGGAAUCAUCAGAAAAAGGUCAUGUUGGAUGCGGCCCGGUAACGCAUCAUUCACUGGAGGAAAAACUGUUGUACAAGGAUUAGAUUUUAUAUACCGAUAUCUGCGCUUUUCCGGUUAGCUAGUUCACAGACGACCAGUCAUUGCCUUUGUUAGUCGGAAUGCCUUUAACGGCGGAAGACUUAAGCCAGUUCCUCGGACAUCGGAAAUCAAUCGAUUCAUAUGAUGACGUCCACUUAGUAGUUGUUGAUAAAGACAGAUGUCGGGUUGGGAGGUCGACAUUUUACGCUGCUAAGGGCCCCGCCAAUGAACCAGAAGAUAACGCCGAGAGGAACAAAGCGCAAAUUGCAAAGGCAGUAAGCGAAUGCAAGACUCGAGCAGAAAAUGCUAAGCAGCUGGUAGGCGACCUCAAGACAAAACGGCUAUCCGUAGGACACGAUGUCCGGGUCGGAGCAGGUCUUGGUGGAGCCACGGGUGUAACCGGCGAAGGCGACGAUGACGGAGACCUGUCAGUAUCAGACAUCGACGGAGACACUGAUUUCGACGAAAGCUAUGACGAAGAUGAUCGGGAAUCGGUUUCAUUCAGAGUUGAUAUGCCGCCUGAGGUGAUGCCGGAUAAAGCCGCUUCGCCCGAUUACGUGUGCCACAACUCGUCGAGUGAACCGAAAGACGAUGCCAGUUCACUCGGGUCCGAAGCUUCAUCCUACGCAUCGGCGUCAUCAAAUGGCCUCCAGGUCGUGGGCGGCAGCCAGGGCAAACGACCACCUCUUCCGCGCCCGGCCAUCCCCACAAAACCGUACGCUCUUCGACAAAGAAGGCGUUCAGCCGCUCGUCCGACAAGCCCGCCGCCUCCGCCUCCGAUUCCGACGCAGCCUCCGCCGGCGCCCCCGUCGGAAUCGUCCGUAGAUUACGAGGUUCCCUUGUGUCACGAAGCGGCGGACAGCGAAACGUCAUCGUCGCUAGUCCACGAUGAACAAUCGACCUAUGAGCAGAUCGAGCAUCGCGAGGAAAUGUACGAAGUCGUGCAUGAAGGUAAUGGUUACACUAUUAACAAUAGUAUACUUUCGGUGGCGGCCGCUAUACGGCGUUGGGAAGGCUCAAAGUCGAAGUUGAAAUCUAGCUCAGAUUCGGCAAACAACGAUUCGCUCACUAAAUACGAUAGAAACCUCACCUACCAAAGCAAUCUAACCGAUUCUGCUAGCCCGCGUGAAGGCCGACCUCGCACGAGUAUGCCUUCAGGCAUGAGUCACCUAACCCCUUGGCAAGAAGGACUGCACCUGCCCGCCGCGCCUAAGCCUCCGCUUCUACCGCGACAGAACUGCAGCGUUCUCGGAUCUCUUCCGGCACCACCUCGACCGAAGGCCCACAAACCACUCAAAGGUGCAUCGAAUUGCUGUUCAACCUCGACUGGAAUCCCAUCUUCACCUUCGACGCCGUCGCUUCACCGUGCUACGCCAGCACCCUUUGUGUCAGAAAAAAACUAUGACAGCGUUAGUUUGAGCUCACUGAUUAAUCGGCCCCUUCCACCGGUACCGACUGGCGAAAAUGUUUAUGCAGACGUCGACUUUGAGCCGAACGAAAAGUUAUUGCAUGGCCUUUCGGUUUACCCCUGGUUCCACGAUGUGGAACGUGAGGACGUCGACCGAAUUCUCAAAGAAGUGGGCGAACAGGGCUGCUUCUUGGUCCGAAUAUCCCGACGCGGAGGACCAUCGAACCCGUUUACUCUAAGCCUUCUUCAUGAAGGGCGCAUCUUCCACUUAAAUAUCCGAAAGAGGCCGGAUGGCAUGUUCGCGCUAGGCUCUGCAAAACCUCGAGAAAAGACGUUUAACACAGUGUCAGAACUCAUCGACUACCACCGACAGGAGGAAAUUCUUCUUACUUCACGAAACCAGCCGGCUGGCAGUACGCGAUUAACAGAAACCUCUCAUAGCGACUCGCAAAAAAAUGUCCAGAACGGCUGGUAGAAUCCGAGAGGCUACACCGCGCAAAGCAAAUAUCCCUCGAUGA